AUGGCCUGGUGGUACCAGGCCAAGUGGCUGCACCCGGCUCUGCUGCUUCUCUGGGUCCCAGGCUGUUUGUCCCUGAGUGGCCCCAGCAGAGUGACAGGCAUCGUGGGGGGAUCCCUGAGCGUGGAGUGUCGGUAUGCGGAGAAAUACAGAGACAAUAGCAAAUACUGGUGCAAAGCCCCAUGUUUGUUGUCGUGGAAGAUUGUGGAGACCAAAGAGUCAGAGAGAGAAGUGAUGAAGGGCCACGUGUCCAUCAGGGACCAUCCUGCAAACCUCACCUUCACAGUGACCUUGGAGAGCCUCAGAGAGGACCAUGCAGGAAGGUACUCGUGUGGGAUCAUGGUACCAUUUUCACUUGACCCCACCGUCCAGGUUGUGGUGUCUGUGUUCCCAGCACCAGUGCCAACCCACCACCCUGCUGCUGUGGCCGAGACCUCGACAAUCACAGUCAAUAUUUCAACAAUGUCAUUCACCGCCCUGGCCAUGGCGAGUCCCACCUACAGUGCCAGCAACGAGGAGGAAGCCAUGCAGGGGUGGGGGCUCCAAGCGCUGCUGGCCUUGUUAGCAGUUCUGCUGCUUCUGUUGGGGGGCAUCUCACUGCUGGCCUGGAGAAUGGUUCAGAGACGGAUCAAAUCUGGUGAGAAUCCAGAGCCUCCCCAGAACCCCAGUCAGGCUGCUGAGCAGAGUGAGCCCUGCUAUGAGAAUCUAGAGCUGCAGAUGUGGCCCCUUCUGGAACAGCCCGUUCGACCCACACAGGAGGAGGUGGAAUACAGCAACUUGGGGCUCCCCAGUGAAAACGUUCACUACACCUCAGUGGUAUUUGAUUCCCGAAGCCAGGAUUCUAAGACGGACAGAAUUCCCUCCCAGAAGCCCCAGACGCAGGAUCCAGUGUACAGCGUGGUUAAGAAGACAUAA